CUGUCAUUUAUCAAUUUUGACAUUUUGUUGUUGGUUUUUUCUCAAAAUAAAAAUUCGACUUUUUAUUUAAAUUCAAAAUGCUUGGUCGAAAUAUAUUAUCAAGAGCCAUUCUAUUGCGAACUCUAAAAAAUGCUGCUAAGAACCAAAAUCAAAUAAGAAAUGGUAGUCAUGGGGUCUGGUCAUAUAGAGUACCACCCCCGAUGCCAAUGAAGAGAACCAUUUAUCAAGCUGAGAUACUUGGAGGCUUAUGCUGGUGGUGGAUUCUCUACCAUUGCGCUACUGAGCCAGAACAUAUUUAUGGUGAAUGGCCAUAUGUUGACCCAAGCACCUGGACCGAUGAAGAGUUGGGCAUCCCUCCUGAUUCAGUUGGUUCAUUGAAGAAGUGAAUUAAGACUAUUUAAAUUAUGAGUAAAUUGAGUACCUAGUUUUUCUUUCAUUUUAAUUGUUAUUUAUGUAAAUAAAAAAUAAACAUAA